AUGAUGGUUUCGACGCAGGAACACGCUGACCAUCAAAAGAUUGGUGAAAGAGUCAAAAUCAACGUGGGUGGCACAAUCUUCGAAACCACUAUCUCCACCCUUACCAGAGUGGACAACAGUGUGCUUUCUGCGAUGGUGGCAGAUCGCUGGCGGAAUCAGGAAGAAAUAUUCGUGGACAGAAAUCCGACUCAUUUCGCAAAAAUACUAGAUUACCUCAGAGACGGUGAAAAUGUUGUUCUUCCUUCCGAUCAUGAUUCUCGAGAGGCUCUGCGGAAAGAAGCUGAGUUCUAUAAUCUUCCUGGCCUUGCAAAGAUGUGCGUUCCUUGCGCAUUUACCAAAGUCGAAGGAGACUCAAUGGAAGCCAUCAAAGCUGGCGAUAUCGUACAUUGGAGGGAAAGCGUCAUCGAAGAUUAUUGCAUACAUUUUUUCAGGUACCUGUACGUACAUGAUCGUUGGGGCGGUUGGUCAAGAUGUAUGUCUUGUGGGAGAGACACGAGGGAUAACAUUGGUCCCACAUUCCCUCCAAGUGAUGACAAUGGCAAAAAAAUCACGAUCAGCAACGAAUACUGGAGAUUGCUGAAGCAACAUAUGUUAUACAUGAAAGGGAAAGCGACACAGACUGAUAUGUCUUGUUGUGAGGUGCAAUGGGGCCGCGAGAUGCAAACGCACGUUCCACUGUAUGCAUUGCGCUUGGCUAACUCCAAAAACUCUCCGGCACAGCCGACAUCUUCGUAAUUUA